AUGUCAAAAGAAUUAGGAAAAUCAGAACAUUAUUGUGAAAUCUGUGGGAAAUCAUACUCUAGAAGUAGUGAAUUGAUCAAACACAUUCGUGUCCAUACAGGUGAGAGACCAUACCAUUGUGUUACCUGUGGUAAGGCAUUCACUGAGAAUAGUCACUUAAGCAGACACAAACGUUUUCAUACAGGAGAAAAGCCAUUUCAAUGUGUUACUUGUGGUAAAUCAUUCUCCAUAGUUAGUGACUUAACAACUCACAAACGUAUUCAUACAGACAUCAUUAAAACAUCCCACAAUAACCAAUAUUUUAAAACUGUUUCCCCUGCUAAAGCAUGGCUUAAUCUUUGUGCCCUUAGCAAUAAUCAUUGA